AUGGACGAGAACAAAGAUAGCUUAGCGUUUAAAGGUGUUGCCGAGAGACUCACACUUGGCAUUACUCGUAUACUCGAGAACAUGCCUGGUGUGGUCGACGUGCGUUUUGCAGAGAGGGAGCCUGCAGAAAAGAGGAGCCUGCUGUCAUGGGAACAGAAAAACACGUGUAUUUUGCCAGAGGACCUGAGGGAUUUCUAUCUGACAACUGAUGGAUUUACACUCACCUGGAAUGUGAAACUAGACAAUGAGUGUGUCCCCUUAGGAUGCAUGAUGAUUAACAGUGUGGCCAGGCUCUGCCCGCUGCUCCAACCAGUGUCGCUUUUCUCCCUCCCCAAUGCACCCUCACUGGCUGACCUGGACUGGGAGGAGAGCAGCACAGAAAGAGGGUUGGAGCAUGCGCCCGCUGCACCCCAUUUUGAUUCUCGGAGUCGCAUCUUCGAGCUGGAUUCCUGUGGAGGGAAUGGCAAAGUGUGCUUGGUCUAUAAAAACUGCACUCCAGGUGUGGUGGCCCAGCAGAGUGAAAUCUGGUUCCUAGACCGCUCACUGUGCUGGCAUUUUCUGACAGCAACUUUUACCUCCUACUACCGACUGAUGAUAACCCACCUGGGUCUGCCUGAGUGGCAGUAUGCCUUCACCCCAUAUGGUCCAAGUCCCCAGGCUAAGCAAUGGGCAUCCCUCUACCAGCCCCUGACCUUCAGCUGUGAACUCAGCCUGGGAGAUCCUGCUGGAGAUUCCUAUCUCAACAAGCUGGAUCCUACAAAGGCCUUCAAAGGCAAAUCAAAGGCACCAGCCCCCAAGAAGAAGCAGUCGGCACAGUGCGGCCCAGGGGGCACCGCCAAGGGCCAAGGCAACACAGGAAGACACAGUGGAGCAAAGCGGUGAGAAGGUUCGCAUCGAGGAAAGACUUUUCAGUCAGCCUUGUUGUCUGUAUGAUCAACGUGGCUUAGAAGAGCAGUCUGCAAUUCCUUCAUUGACGGGACUGGGUGUGUUAGCAGCUCUAUGCAAUGUGACAGCAUGUUGUCCAAAAACGAAGUUGCAUGUCUGAAGAGAUGCUUAACCAGGGUUUUUGCUGGUUCAACACCUGGCUAAGGUAGUCCUUAUCUGAUACAGGGAAUGUUGAGUGUGGUGGAAAAGUUAGUGUUUGAAUCACCAGCUAGUUGCAUCAGCACCAGACACAACACUCACAGACAAAUUUCUUUCAUGUUCACUAUUGACACCUCCUGGUAAAAAGUAAUUUAAAACAGUCAAUUCAGAAAAUAGAAUCAUACACUGCUGUAAUAGUGAAAUGAAAUGAAAAAUACUUUAUUUAUCCCAGAAGGGAAAUUCAAUCUAUAUAGUGCAUAUAAUACUGACAUAUAGUGUCAAGUCAUGCCCCUGCUGCUACCAAGAAGGACAUUAUCCAUUUAUAACUGCAGUUACUAUCACUGGGCUUUAUUUGUUGCUAAUUUUUGACUGUAUUAUACAACAAUAAUAUAUUUAUCAAAUAUGUAAAAUUCUUAAGAAAGUUGUAAAUUAGUAGGUAGCACAUUUCUAUAUGUUAAAGCGUCAGUAACUGAAAGUAAUACUGUAGGUUUCAGCCUGUAUGACUGAAGAGUAUCAGUGUCAUUUUCAAACUGAAAAUUAAAUCAUCAUAUGAUUGUACAGGUAGAAACUGAUCGCACGAUUUACCAGAAAUGUUCAAGCCGCAAUACCAAGCGUCAGUGGGAAGAACCGUAUGAACUCUCUGAGCUUCAGUAUCGAACUUUACAUCACUAAUGUGUGGAUGCAAACCUGAGGCAUGAAAUGUUACAAUGUCAAAGACUGGCAAUAAACUAAGAAAAUAGGCGUCAGUAAUCUGUGUUACCCACUGGCCAUUGUAUGACUGCGGUGCUUCUCACAUGGUGUGCUUAAAUAUAAACUUCACAAAGGUGAAAAGCUGCAUUAGAGUUUAGGACCGUUGCUCUUUUGAAUAACAACAGUCACUAUGAAUAUUCCACAUUAAUGAACUCAUGUAAAAAGGUUAUAUUUUGGCAUUUUUGUCCAUCGCCAUACAUUUAUGUCUCUUGAUGCCAGAUGUGUAAUGCUACACAGACCUGAUAGAACGUCUAGGAUUAAAUUUUUUGUGUAAGUACUCUGGAGAAAAGAUGUAUACUUUUUUUUUUUGUCUUUUUGGCUGCUGUGCACUGGCUUGGUGGAAAGACAAAUAUGUGCAUUAUCUUUGGUCGAGCUGCUGCCCUUUCAAGCUGUGGGAAGCUAGCUCCUACUGUUUCUAUUUAACUUUCAAAAAGACACAUGUUUUUUUAAAGCAAUGUAUUAGCACUGUUUAUUUCUCUUUACAUACUCUGAGGUUUCUACGACCACAGAAGUGGUCCCCUGUUGAUUGUUAUAUUGAAUGAUAUUCAUGGUGUCUUCCAAGGUUGCAUCAGCUGCUAUUGCCUCAACAAUAUAAACGCAAAAUAUAAGCCAG